GAAGUAAGAAGCCCAUUUGUCAAUGAAUCACCCACUCUUGACACUGGCUGACUUUACAUGAAUCACCCACUUUUGUUCGUUCCUAUCUCUUCGCCUAUUCUUGGUUCUUGUGCUUCUUAAUAUCAACAUAUUCUAACCAUGACUAAUGGUAAAGAACUUCUUAUCAAAGUUAAGUUUAGGAACUUAUACAAGUUUGGAAAAAUAUUUUAGCUAAGCUAGGUGGGGACUUUCAUCAUGGAUAGUUUUCAGGAAAAGGUUGGACUAGGUUCCACUGAAUCUUCUGCAGAAACUGGGAAAGGGAAGAGUAAGAUAUCAAAGCAUGUUACACAUGGCUACCAUACAGCCAAGGGGAAAUCAGCUCAUCCUAUGGAGGAUUAUGUUUUCGCUGAUUUUAAGCAAGUGGAAGAUAAUGAACUCGGUCUGUUCGCUAUAUUUGAUGGUCAUGUGAGCCAAGAUGUUCCUGAUUAUUUGAGAUCUCAUUUGUUCAACAACAUAUUGAAAGAGCCUGAUUUUUGGACUGAGACUGAGAAUGCUGUAAGGAAAGCAUAUCGCAUAACUGAUAGUAAGAUUUUGGAGAAAUCUGCGGACUUGGGAAAAGGCGGUUCUACUGCUGUUACUGCCAUUCUUAUCAAUUGUCAGAAGCUGGUGGUGGCAAACCUUGGGGACUCUAGGGCAGUCAUUAGCCGGAAUGGAAAGGCAAAACAGCUAUCUGUUGACCAUGAACCAGAUAGCGAAAGGAAAGAUAUCGAGGACAGGGGUGGUUUUGUCACCAAGUUCCCAGGGGACGUGGCACGUGUUGAUGGGCAACUUGCAGUGGCAAGAGCAUUUGGCGACAAGACCAUGAAAGACCAUCUAAGCUCAGAUCCACAUAUUACAGUUGAGAUGAUAGAUGAAGAUACAGACUUUGUACUCUUGGCUAGCGAUGGAAUAUGGCAUGUAAUGAACAACCAAGAAGCAGUGGACUGCAUUAAGAAUGUGAAAGAUGCUCGAGAAGCUGCUAAGGUUUUGAUCGAGGAAGCUCUGCACAGGAAUAGCACCGAUGACAUUUCUGUAGUAGUAGUGAGAUUCCAAUGAACUUUUCCAACAUUGUAAGUGUGAAAACUCACAUUUGCUUAAUGAAUUGGAUGGUUAAUUUCUUGCCUGUUUUGAAUUUUCUUGUCAGUUGAUUAAAAGCUGUAAACAUUAGUGGUGUUUUGGAGCUUCUGUUUAUGAACAAUCGCAAACUUUUGUGUUUUGCAAUGGACUCUCGAGUGAUUAUGGAAUGUCAUAAUUUUCAUUUCUUGGAAGAA